AUGUCGUUCUUCCACGGAUCUGAGCAAGUGGCGAGGCUUUUCCUGGCGAUGUGUGUAUGGGGAGUCUUCCUUCAGUCGGCAGAGCAGUUCCCGGUUGGAGAGGGUUUCAAUCUGCUGUUGUAUCCAGUAUCGGUGAUUGGACCGCACGGAUCUCACACGGUUCUGAUACCAGUGACCGGGACUGAGCAGAACACACAGCGCAGCCAAACUCCACAGGCAAACAGCAGCAAGAUCAGCGCUCAAAGUGUGUCCAAGCCUUUACAUGCAAACAGUGGGUUUCUCCAGCCGGACCCCGCCCCCGGCAACGCCCCUGACUCCGUCCCUAGCCCCGCCCACAUCCCAUCUGUGUCUUUGCCUCUGCAGGGGCAGAUGUCAAAUUUUGUCCCCUCAAAUGUCCCUCUGCAGGUCUAUUCAUUUGUCCAGCAGGCUCUAAUUUCAGACUCAGGCAGUUCAGAGGAAGGAGCCUCUGCUCAGGUGAUUUAUAUGGUUCCAAUCAGCGUGGAUUCACCCAACAUGAAUGUGAUGGAGGGCACUGUGCCCAAUCCCGACCCAGGACACCUGCAGGUCCCAGCCAGCACGCCUGCUGUGGCCACCGCAGCACGGCCGGACGCUCAGGGACAGCUGGGUAAAACUGUGGGGACAGAAAGAGCCAUGCAGACACACGCUCUGGGAGAGAAAGGCCUCUGA